AUGGGUAAGAUCAGGAUGCCCGUUCCGUCCCUGUUCCGCCGCCGCUCCAAGUCGCCGCCGCCGCAGAUGCAGCCGCAGCAGGAAGGCAAGGGCAACGCCCCCCCUGCGCCUGCGGCGACGUCGGCAGAGGAGGAGAUGGCGCGCGUGUUCCGCAAGUUCGACGCGAACGGCGACGGGCGGAUCUCGCGGUCGGAGCUGGCGGCGCUGUUCGAGAGCCUGGGCCACGCGGCCUCCGACGACGAGGUGGCGCGGAUGAUGGCCGAGGCGGACGCGGACGGCGACGGCUUCAUCAGCCUGGACGAGUUCGCGGCGCUGAACGCGACGGUGGCCGGCGACGCGGCCGCCGUCGAGGAGGACCUCCGCCACGCGUUCCGCGUCUUCGACGCCGACGGCAACGGCACCAUCUCCGCGGCCGAGCUCGCGCGCGUCCUCAGGGGCCUCGGCGAGUCCGCCUCCGUCGCGCAGUGCCGCCGCAUGAUCGAGGGCGUCGACCAGAACGGCGACGGCCUCAUCUCGUUCGAGGAGUUCAAGGUCAUGAUGGCCGGGGGCGGCUGCUUCGCCAAGAUCGCGUAG